AGGAGGGAAGUAACAAGCUUUGGCAAAACACUUGGACUUUGAUAUAUGACAAAAGGUUUACAAACUGAUGGAAUAAGAAAGUUUACAAGCUUCUUCACAAUUGGAAGUGGGAUUCGGAUGGGAUCAUUCUAAAGCCUAGCAAGGAGGCUUAUUUAUACAAGCAGAAAAUGAAUAAACAAUAAGACAACACAUGCAAACAGAUCAUGUGAACUUUGGACAGCUUGCACACAGCAGCUCACAUCUCUGCUGUCUUUCAACACACUUUCAGCUAGCACAUGGAGGAAACUUUAGUCUUUGUAGUUGCAGCAUGUGUGGAUACAACCUGUAAAGAAACUACCAGCUAGCAGCAACCUUUUACAGCCUGUUUUUAUUUGAAUUUCCAACAAAAACACCAACAAAAUGCAAAGUGAAAGAGACACUAGAGAUGGUGUUUCUCGGUCACGCGGAUUGGUAGAUAGUUUCCAGGGAUUUGGGUCUAGAAGAAGCAUGUUCCCUAGCCUUUUUGGUGGAAGGGAUCCAUUUGGUGAUCCCUUCUUCAGUCGCCCGAUUGGUAGCAUCUUCGAGUUUAGUAUGUUCGGUCCAAGUUCCGUUUCUAAUGAUACACCGGAGAGUGGUAGAACCAACAAAAUAUCAGUAGAAGAAUUGAACUCUGAUGAUGAGGGAUGGCAAGAUAAAGUUUCUGGGGAUGAAAGAGAUAACAUUGGAAAGCAAUCAGUUUCAGGCAAAGAACCAUCUAUUGAGCAUCCAGAUGAUCUUGUGGACCGUAGUGAAAUUUCCACGUCUUUGUUGCUUGAAAACUGUUAAGGAUUGUCCUCUAGCUUGUAAUUUAAGUUGGCUGUAAGAUGUUGAUGGUUGCCAUGUUGAAUCUAGCAGAGAGGAAAAGCAAGGAUGUGAUGUAUAGAAAUGACCGCAACAAUGUGGAAGGCGCACAUUCUCAGGGCCGUAAUUUCUCUGUUCAGACUUGCAGAGUCACAUAUGGUGGUGUAGAUGGAGCGUAUAACACUUCUACAAGAACUAGAAGGGCAGGUGGUGAUGGCGUAUCGCUUAAGGAGACCAAAGAAGCAUAUAAGACAACUGGUCAAGCAACACAUAGGAUUUCAAGAGGACUUCAUGACAAGGGCCAUUCUGUUACAAGGAAGCUUAUGUCAGAUGGAAAGGUGGAUGUGUUGCAAACUUUACACAAUUUAAAUGAAGAUGAGCUUCCUGGUUUUGAAGUAGCAUGGAAUGGUAACGUUGAAGGUCACUUGCCUGGCUGGAAACAUGAGUUUGAUAUGCAUGGUUCCGGUAGCAGAGAACAGAUGGGAAAAGCGUUUUCGGCAGCGGGGCUUCUUCCACCUUCAGGGCAAGCACAAAGCACCAGAGGAAUGUGUACGAGAUUCAGAGAUUUCUGCCAUGAUCAAUGGCACUCGUAAAUCUCUUUCAGUAUUCUUAAAUUAUAAAUGUUGAUCGAGUCAAUACUCCAACAGGCAACAGCAAUAUGCCCUCCCUCUCUACAACCAAACACAAUGUUACAAGGCAAUCGGCUUCAAACUAAAGAUAAAUCAAUAUUUUUAAAGAAUUUUCAUUGCUCUGUUGACCUUAUUCUAAGUUCGAUUUAUGAUUUCUACCUGGAGGCUCCUCGUCAUAGGUAAGGUAGACUUGUAAUUUUGAAUAAUGUUAUUCCAAAGUGUUGUAUUUCCGAUAUUUAUAUGGAAUUAUAUUUUGCAAUAUCAUUUUUAUAUUGAUUUAAAUU